AUGCGGUUCUCUGGCGUCGUUCUCGCCUCGCUGGCGUCCAUCCUUGUCCAUGCGCAGAACAACACCAAUACAACCUCAUCCUGGCCAUGGCAAACCUUCAAAUCUCGCCCGGGUUUCGAGCCCCCAGUACUUUCGGUCAACAAAACUGGUGACACAGCACCAGGAGUUAUUACUUUCCCUCAGAGUGGAGGUGGGGCUCACAACUACAGUCUGAACAUCUUCCAAGAAGAUGGCGAGUUGGUUUGGCAAUCUGGCUACGGCGACUACGCCGCCUUCAGAGUUUCUGAGCUCUUCGGCGAACCCGUACUGGCCUACUUCAGUGGCAUCUCUCUCACAGAACCUUGGGGUUUCGGGUAUGGAGUAAUCUACAUCCUCAACCAGCAAUACGAGAGCAUCUACAACGUCACUCUCUGGAACGAAACAUACCCACUUGAGAGCAUCUACCCGCUGUACGAUCCUACCCAGUACCAACCUUUCAGCUGGGUUGAUAUGCACGAGAAUCUUAUCACGCCUGAGGGUACGAUGUUCAUUGCCGCUGUGAAUGUCACGCCAUGGGAUUUAUCAUCCAUCGGCGGCCCAAAGGAUGGGUGGGUUGUGGAUUCCAUUGCGCUCGAGCUCAACGUUACGAACAGCGAGAUCCUUUGGCAGUGGAGCCAUCUUGACCACGUGGACGAAGUCUCGCUCGAAAGCGCUGUGCCAACGUAUCCGCUUGGUGAGCUAGGCAAGAACAGCAGUUACCCUUGGGGCCCUUUCCACAUCAACUCCAUCGAAAGAUUUGAGGAUGGAAGUUACUUGCUCUCUUCAAGGCAUUACUGCUCCAUCUACAAGGUUUUCCAAAACGGCACCGUGGCAUGGACUUUGAACGGACACUCCGGUGGCGACUUCGCCCUUGAGAAUGGUCUUUCUUUCUGCUACCAACAUGACGCGCGUAUUCAUCCGUCUCGUUCGCCCAACACCACCACCAUCUCUCUGUUCAACAACGACAACAGCGCCGUUGUACCUAAAGUCAACGAAACUACCGGAAUAUUCCUCUCCAUCGAUGAGCGCACGAUGACUGCGACAUUGCUACAAGAACUCGCUGACCCAGACGAUGUCAUCUACUCAGUCAGUCAAGGCAACAUGGAAGUUCUCCCCUCCAACCACUCUAUCAUGGGAUACGGCAGCGUCCCGGCUCUGAAGGAGUUUGACCAAGAUGGCGAUGUUGUAUUGACUGUGAAAUGGGGAGAACCAGAGAAGGUGCAGAGCUACCGCGCUUACAAGGCCGAGUGGGUUGGUAAGCCGAGCACCAAGCCUGAUGUGUACGCCUGUAAGGCGAGCAACGGCACAGAGGUCUACAUGAGCUGGAAUGGUGCCACUGAAGUUGACACGUGGUCUGUAUUUGGCGGUGCAUUCAACGGAACCCUUAGCAAGGUCGCCAGUGUUGAGAAGUCUGGUUACGAGACCAAGACAGUCGUGGGUCAUAAGCUUGGGUUCGUGAGGGUAGAGGCAAGUGGCGAGGAGAUUGAGACUGGUGUCUCGCGUGUCGCAGCGGUAUCGGAGAUGUGCUAG